ACUCGUCAUUCCACGCCAUUUUCGUGGAACUUUGCUAUCAAACGACGCCGAAAGCAGCUGCUUUCAAAUCACCUCCAGGAAAAAAACAAAAAAACAAGUAGAAGAAUCUCUUCACAUUCUCUCACCUCAUCCCUUCCAAGUUCCAAAUACACCCGUGAUCCUUUUUCCUUCCCUCUCGCACACCACCACCACCGGCCAUAAUUCCCCACCACCACCACACCACACCACACACAAACACACAUACAUCUAUACAUAUCAAGAUUUCGUUUUUAUAUAGUAUAUCAAUAUCACUGAAUUAUUCAGGCAUGAACCCCUUCAGUCCAAAACUACCCGUCAUCCUCAAACCUUUCAUCCUCUCCCUCCUCCUCUCUCUCUCCUUCCUCGCCUUCCUCUCUCUCCAAACCCCACGUCACACCCACCAACCCGCCACCGCCAUAACCCACUCGCCCGACCUCCGAAUCCGACCCGGCUACGCCUCCUACGACGCCUACAUCCAGCGCCAGCUCAACAAGACCCUCAACCCCAAGCUCCGUAAAAUAUGGACCACCCGGGACUGGACCCGAAAGGUCCGGGUCUUCUCCCAAUUCUUCGCCAGCUUGCAGCAGAGAGGCCUUUUGCAUAACGAGUCAAAAGCCCUCUGCAUCGGCGCCCGGGUCGGGCAAGAAGUCGAGGCGCUAAAACGGGUCGGGGUUCCCGACUCCGUGGGGAUGGAUCUGGUGCCCUACCCUCCGCUGGUCGUGGAAGGCGACUUCCAUCACCAGCCGUUCGACAACGAGACGUUCGACUUCGAGUUCUCGAACGUGUUCGACCACGCGCUGUAUCCGUGGGAGUUCGCGGCGGAGAUCGAACGGACGCUGAAGCCCGGCGGGGUGUGCGUGCUGCACGUGGCGGUGUCCAAACGGGCGGACAAGUACUCGGCGAAUGAUUUGUACAGUGUGGACCCGCUGGUGAAGCUGUUCAAGAGGUGCGAGGUGGUGGAGGUGAGGGGCGUGGAUGGGUUCGGGCUGGAUACGGAGGUGGUUUUCAGGAAGAAGAAGAAGAAGGAACGGUUGUGAUCUCGAGUAAGAUUUUUUUUUAUUUUUUCAACAAUCCGACGUUCAAGUCAGAUUACACACACCUCGAAAGCUUUUUAUUUUUUCAUUUUUUGGUUCCGAAAUUGUUGAUUCAUUGGGAAAGACAUAUACGAAAUACGAGAUAUAAACCAGUAAUAGCGUAUUAUUGCGCUUUUUUUUUCAAAGAAAA